AUGGCUCUUCCCACAGGGUCUCCCACCACCACAACCACCACCACUGCCACCGAUAGGACAUUCCAGUCAUCGGAUUCAAACCGCAGAAAUACAUAUACAUAUACUAACAACCCCACCGGUCCAAGCAAUAAUCAGGCUAUACCGACGCAGUCUGAGAUCUCACAUUUCCUACACUUUGAAGACAAUGAUUGCUUCUUCGCACCUACUGGUCCUUAUCCUUAUCAGCGGCAUGAGAGAGCGGGUAGCGGCUCCUCUACUACUACUACGACUACGACAGGAAGGUAG